UCAACAUCUGACAUUCAUUAAAUAGUAAGUCGUGCCGACAGUCUUUCCGGCUACUCAAAAGAAGCUAUCAACGUGGUAUUGCACAGCAUUUGCAACCACAAUAUUGCGCCAGUAAUGCGCACUGACUAGUAAACAUUUAAAAAUUAAAUUUACAGUGUUUAUUUGCGUGAGUGAUUUUUUCUCAACACUCUGAUGCAUGGUGAUAAUACCAUAACGGUUCCCAUAAAUUUUGGCCGGCAAAAUAUUUCUUAGGCUGGCGUGCUCCUUGUUUGCUAUCAUGCAGUUUCUGCAUAUCUCUCUCCCAGCUCUUAUGCUGGUUUUAACGACCGGCAGUGUAAAAAGCCUUGAUUAUGUGGUGUUUGGAUUGAACAGCGCGCGGUCUAACAGUUCAUUUCCCGUAUCCAUUCUGGUGCAAAAUGCCACCUCGGACGUGCGCAUUGAUCUGGCCCUGAUAGGAAGGCUUUCCACGUCGUAUGGGAGUUCUAAUUAUGGUGGUAGUUACGGUCCUGACUACUCGUAUAUGCUGCCUUUCGCCCCUUCCUUUCUGAAAGGCGACGAUAGAUUCCUGGUGUACAAUGCGUCGGCCGUUAUCCAAGCCAAUAAACUGGCUCACCUGGAGAUCAGUGUGGGUGACCUUUCCCGCAUGGCUAAAGAAACUUUGAUGUUUGUCCUUAACGGAUCUGAUUUGUCCGACUCGUUUCGUUCCGGGUUUUCUCCAAUUGGUAUCGACAACAGCGAGGCCACGAAGAUAAAGAAGAAAUCCAAGACCAAGCGGAAACCGGUUAUUUUCAUACAGACUGAUCAGCCGCUGUACAAGGCCAAAGACACGGUGCGCUUCCGAGUCGUAUCGGUGGAAUCGGUGGACGGCCAACUGCGACCACUGUUCGUGCCUUUUAACGUGCAGAUUCUGGAUCCACAACGCAAUAUUGUGCAACUGAACAGUAACGCAGAUGACUCGCAAGUUGUCGGAUACUUUUCUGGGGAAAUGCCGUUGUCGUCGGAUCCGCUGUUAGGCAGCUGGACAGUGCGGGUUGUCCGCGCAGCCGACAGAAACACAAGCGUCAAAGCAACUUGCCCCGACUACUCCAGCGCCACCACCAGUAGUAGUUAUAGCAGCGGUAGUUACGGUAGUGGUGGUUACGGUGGUGGCGGUUACGGUGGUGGCGGUUACGGUGGUGGCAGCUACGGCGGUAGCAGCUACGGUGGCGGCGAUAACAGUGAUGAUGACAGGAAGAAAAGAAGCAGUGACGACGAUGAAAACGACUGCAAGCCUACCGGAUCCCAGAUGGAUUCGGUUUUGGCUAGUAAAGACUUCUCCGUUGAAGAAUUCGUUGUGCCGCGAUUUGAUGUCAGAAUUAUAACAUCGAAGAGCUACAUCGUCCCACGGAUGGAGGAGGAUUUCCGUUUCCAGGUCGUGGCGAAUUAUACAUUUGGAGAGCCUGCAAAGGGCGCUUUCGACAUUGCGGUACUUCGUCCGCGCCGUGCAUUUGGUUAUGCAGGAGGCUCCGAGGAGAGGGAUCUGUACGAUCCGGUGUGGAACCAGACUAUUUCUGCGGACAAAAGCGGAACAGGGACCGUUUCCGUUCCAGCGGAACUCCUUGCCAACCUCACGGAUGCAUCAAAAAUAAUUAUUCGAGUACAUUUUACGGAAGCCGCCACCGGUCAGAAGCGGAACGCUACGCCCGCUACAGUAUCCGUCAAAACCGAAGCGUACAAAAUUCGAAUCCAGGCGGACACAAAGACAUUCAUGCCUGGAUACCCGUACACGAUCAAGGCAACUAUCACCGACUGGGACGGCCGUCCGCCACCUCCCAGCACCAAGAAAGCCAUAGUGGGUGUGAUGGCUUAUUCGUAUUCUGAUUGGCGCGCAAAGCCUGUAUCGCUGUCCGGUGCUGUAAGUUGCCGCGGACAGCCAUACGCGUCUCCUUUUGGUGGCAGUAGUUACGGUAGUGGCGGUAACCGUUAUGACCGCAUCUUUGGUUUUGGGAUGAACGGAGGCGGUUUCAGUGGCGGUCUCGGUGGUGGUGGUGGCGGUGGAUACGGUGGCGGUGGCGGCGGUUACGGAAGAAAGAAACGAAGCACCGGCUUUGGUAUGCCCAUGGGCUACUCCUCCAGCUCCAGUUAUUACGAGUCGGGUUGCUUCCCUGUUCCCGAUCAGAAGUUAGUGGAAGUGGCCGCUGAUGGAACCAUUAACAUCAGUUAUCCGACUGCCAAGAACGCGACGGUAAUGGCGAUAGCCAUGUGGUAUCAGGGGACAUCGGAAGGGCUAUAUCUUUUCGCCAAACAAUCUCCGAGCGGCAGUUUCCUUGAAAUCAACAAGGUCACGAACGGUCUUCGUGCUGACAAAGUGGCCGAGUUUGCCAUUAACACUACGACAAGAACCGAUCAACCUAUUCACAUCGUGGUUCUUUCAAGUUCCAAUGCCACUUUCUUAUGGAGCGAUUCGAUUUCAAGAUCCGGUCAGUUUGUUAAAGUGUCCGUGCCGAUUGCCGCUGCGAUGGGCGCAUCGGGACGACUCAUUGCGUACUAUGUGGGAGGUGACGGUGAACUUGUGGGGAAUAUUAAGGCACUUACGCUUGUCAAGGAUACGGCCGAAAAUGUCACCCUCGCAGCACAAGCCAAAAGCGGUUUAUCCUAUGCGGAAGCGGCUGCGGAGAUCUCCAUACAAGCUCACAGUAGUCCUUCAUCGUUCAUGGCAUUUCUUGCAAUGGACGAAAGCCUACUGCUCCUGAAAUCUGGCAACGAUAUUACUCAAAAUGUUCUUGAUACCAAGCCGAAACCCAGACAACAAAUCCAGCAGCCUGGUGAUAUGCAGUCCGUGGAAGAUUACUUUACGAAAGCAAUCGAUUCCGGUCGUGUACAGCAAUUUCUGCUGACGAACACCAAGCUGUCCACGACACCAAUUCCACGUCUCCAAGAUUAUUAUACGUCCAGUUUUGGAUACAAUAAAGGUUUCGGAUUCGGUAUGAACGGUGGCGGGGGUGGUGGAGGUGGAGUUGGAGGAUACGAUUCCUACGCAAGUUACGGAUCAUCAUCGUACAAUAGCGGUUACGGAUCAGCUUCUCCCUCUGACUCCGGCUUACAGCAACCGGCUCAAACCCGCAAAGACUUCCGUCAAAGUUUCCUUUUUGAGACAGCUUGGGCAGACGCAAACGGCGAUGUCACCUUGGAGCGUAAAGUGCCAGAUGCCAUCACAACAUGGCGAAUCUCGGCGUUCAGUCUGAGCAAUACCAGCGGACUAAGAGUCUCCACGGAGCCAGUUAAGAUAAAAGUCUUCCAACCAUUUUUCGUAACGCUCAACCUACCGUUCAGCGUGGUCCGCUUGGAAAACCUUACAGCCGAAGUGCUUGUCUUUAACUACAUGUCAAUGCAGCAAAACGUUACGGUCACCUUAAAGCUGCGAAAUCCGGACAAUACUACAGCGACGUACUCGAAGAAAGUGUUGUCUGUGCCGAAUGAAGCCGCUACGGCGACAUUUGUCAUCAUACCCGAACAGAUUGGUGACCUGAAUCUCAAAGUCACAGCGCAAUCCAAAUUCGCCGCGGAUCAACUAGAAAAGAAUUUGCCAGUAAAGCCGGAAGGGAUCAAACAGUUCUUCACUCAACCGAUCCUAAUUGAUUUACGCAAUUUUAGCGAGUUCGACAUGGUCGUACCGAUGCCGACAGAUCCCAUUGGAAAAGUUGCCGGCUCCGAUAAAGUGGAAGUUCGCGUCGUUGGUGACCUUUUAGGCGCUUCGCUAAAUAAUCUCGACAGACUUAUCCGGCUUCCGUAUGGGUGUGGUGAACAGAACAUGGCAAUACUGACGCCCAAUUUUGCGGUGUUGAAAUACCUGGAAAAGGUCAACAAACUGUCAGCUUCACAGCGUCAGCAACUGUUGAGAAAUAUCCAAAGUGGAUACCAACGGGAGUUAACGUACCGGCGCGAUGAUAAUUCGUUCAGCGCCUGGGGACAGUCUGACCUCAAUGGCUCCACAUGGCUAACUGCUUAUGUCGCACGAGUCUUUGCUGAAGCUGCUGAAUUCGUUCCCAUCAUUGACGACACGAUUAUUCGGAGGGCACUGCGUUUCCUCAUCGAUCAGCAGCUGGAAAACGGAUCGUUCGAAGAAAGUGGCAAGGUCAUCGACAAACAUAACCAAGGCGGCGCUUCUAAAGGUGUCUCAUUGGCUGCUUUCACACUUCUUUCGUUUCUGCAGUACAACAGCACUGGCAGACCUGACCUCGCCAAAAUGAAUUCUUCGCUACCGAAAGCGGUGACAUAUUUGGAAUCGCAGUUGGACAAUGUGAAGAACGAUUCAUACGCAUUAGCGAUUACAGCGUACGCACUGACCAAAGCGAACAGUUCAAAAGCAGCUGACGCGAUUGGUUUUCUUAACGAUCGAAUGGUGACCAACGUUACCACAGUCCACUGGACAACCGUCCCAUCGAAUAAUGAUGAAGGUCAAGAUUCCGGGCAUUCGUAUUCACUCAAUGCGAAAGAUGUGGAAGCCACCGCUUAUGCUUUACUAGCAUACAUGGCCAACGGAAAAUUCAAUACAUCGUUGAAAAUUGUUAACUGGCUCAUAUCCAAACAGAAUGUGGAAGGUGGCUUCUAUUCAACAGCGGAUACCGUCGUAGCGCUUAAAGCGUUAGCAGAAUUCGCAGUAGUAUUUAGCACCCCGGCAUCUCUGCAACUCGAUGUUACCGAUGGAAUCCAGAAAAACGGUUUAAGCGUUACUCCUGAAACAUCUUUAGUAACUCAAUCGUUUGAGUUUCCCACUAAACCAGAAGAUAUCGUGAUUCACGCCCGAGGCAGUGGGGUCGCCAUAGCUUACGUGGGCUGGACGUAUCACGUGGUGGAACCCAAAGAAACCAUGGCGUUUGACCUUAAUGUCACAUACGCUACAGCGUCUACAAAGAAAAACCGCUUGAACAUCUGUGCAUCAUAUUUGAAAAAUGGCACUAGCAGUAUGGCGGUUGUCGAAGUCAACGCCCUUUCAGGCUACCAGUUCGAUGAAGAAGAGAUCAAGAAGCUCCCGCGAACGGUUGAGGCACUACGGAAAACGGAAAUCGACAGCCAGGACACCAAGAUUUACCUGUAUUUUGACGAGAUUAUGCCGUCCGCUAAGUGCUUCACUGUGACCAUGUACCGAAUCUACAAAGUGGACAAUAUUAAGAACCAGAGCGUUGUUGUAUAUGACUACUAUAACCCCAAAGAACGCCGGACUGUCUUGUAUGCUCCACUGUUUUACGGGGCUUCCGUUUGAGUUUGAUAUGACUCUUGCUGUACUGUAAUUUUUUACAGAGUUUGUUGUGUUCGGUUAUACUAUCUUAACCAAAUGAAAGAGUAUAUAUAGAUUUUGCGGCAUUGAAAGUCCGGUUUUUUUGUUAUAAAAAUUUAAUGCUGAUUAAGACUUCGUGUGUGCACUGUAAAUUGAACGCACGAUAAAGUUAAAUAAUAAACCAGGGCCAUGUCAUCGGCUCCCG